AUGGAUCCUGAUGUUUUGUCUUCUCAUGUUUGUGCAAGCAGUAUAUAUUAUUGGCAGAUCAUCGAAAGUCUUUUAGUAGGGGUAGUUCUCGCAUGGUCAGCUUCGAGAUCACUCAACACAACCGUCAUGUUUUCUUUUGUUAUUUUCGAUGAAUUUGUGCUCAUCUUUUACAUGAGGGGAAGACGAUAUUGCAAGGGGUACAUAUAUCAUAGAUUUUGGUCGUUUGGAUUCUCAAACCCCGUCUUUAGUUGCUUGACUGUUGAAAGCAAUGAGCUGAAACUGCGGUUACAAAGGAUGAGCAUCAAGUUCAUAGGGUUUGCGGUUGCAAACGAUGAGAAAGAGAUGUAUCAGUUCGUCUUAAAAAAUGAGAAUGUCUUCAAAGGGAGAAGUAAGUUCGAAAGCAAAAUUGAUAAGAAGGAGAAGGUCUUCAAAGGGAGAAUCGAGACAGAUUGUCCAAUCCAGAGGUGA